UCUCUCCGAGCGCGCGCGCAGGGAAAAAGUGGUACUGACUUCCGAGCAACACGUCCUCUCUCUCUCUCUCUCUCUCUCUCUUUCUCUCUCUCUCUCAGAGACUCUGAGGAAAAUGUCCGGCUGUUUGUUCACCCUGAAGCGGGGGACCGGCUGGAUUCUGCUGUUUUCCGUUUUUCACCUCACACAUGCUCAAGAUGAUGUUCCACCCUACUUCAAAAUGGAGCCCGUGGCAACCCAGGUGCACCUCGAGGGAAACCGUUUGGUUCUGACCUGCAUGGCAGAGGGCAGCUGGCCACUCGAGUUCAAAUGGCUGUACAAUGGCACGGAGCUGACCCGCUUCUCAUUGGAGUACAGGUACCUCAUCCCGUCACUACACCGCUCCCACGCUGGCUUUUACAGGUGCAUUGUGAGGAACCGGGUCGGCGCUCUCAUGCAGAGGAGCACUCAAGUCCAGGUUGCCUAUAUGGAAGACUUUGUGGAGAGGGAGCGAUCUCAGGUGGUGUCAGAGGGGGAAGCUGCGCUCAUAAGCCCCCCAAAGAUUCCCAGCUUUCCCCGGCCUCAGAUCACAUGGUUCCGGGAUGGCCGCAAAAUUCCCCCCAGCAGCCGCAUAGCUCUCACUCUGGACAACACCCUGGUUAUCCUGUCUACAGUGGCACCGGAUGCAGGUCGCUACUAUGCCCAGGCUGUCAAUGACAAGAAUGGCGAGAACAAGACCAGCCAGCCGGUUAUUCUCAAUGUGGAGAAUGUAGGCGGGCCUGCAGAUCCGAUCGCACCCACCAUUAUCAUCCCACCCAAGAACACCAGCGUGAUGGUCGGCACAUUUGAGGUCACGCUGGAGUGUGUGGCCAACGCCAGACCCCUCAUUAAGCUCAGUAUUACAUGGCGUAAGAAUGGCAUGGUGGUCAAUCGAGGACUGAGGGACUUUGGUCGACGACUGACCAUAAGUGGGCCUCUGGUCAGUGACAGCGGGUAUUAUGAGUGUGAGGCAUCUCUGCGCAGCAGCAGUGUCCCAGCCGUCACUGCAGGAGCUUAUCUACAUGUGAUUGAACACCCUCAGUUUGUGAAGGAGCCAGAGAGACACAUAACUGCUGAGAUGGAGAAGGUGGUGGACAUCCCAUGCCAGGCUCGUGGUGUUCCUCAGCCAGACAUUGUUUGGUAUAAGGACGCUGUGCCCAUUAGCACUGUGAAGACCCCACGCUACAAGGUGUUGGUGGGAGGCAGUCUGCAGAUUAAUGGCCUUGUUCCUGAUGACACCGGGAUGUUUCAGUGCUUCGCCCGCAACCUGGGUGGAGAAAUCCAGACCAACACGUACCUCGCUGUCACCAGCAUCGCUCCAAACAUCACAGCAGGGCCUACGGACAGCUCGGUGAUCGACGGCACAUCCGUUAUCCUACACUGUGAGACAUCAGGAGCUCCGCGGCCCGCCAUCACAUGGCAGAAAGGUGAGCGUGUGCUGGCAAGUGGCUCAGUACAGCUGCCCCGCUUUACCCUGCUGGAGUCAGGCAGUCUGUUGGUCAGUCCUGCUCACCUGUCAGACGCUGGCACCUACACCUGCAUGGCGAGCAACUCCCGCGGCAUUGAUGAGGCCUCUGCCAACCUGCUGGUAUGGGCCCGAACCCGCAUCACCAGUCCUCCUCAGGACCAGAGUGUCAUCAAAGGCACCAAAGCCACUAUGAACUGCGGUGUGACCCAUGACCCCAGUGUCACUGUCAGGCACGUGUGGGAGAAAGGAGGCCUGGCCAUUGAUGUGAAUUCAAGCCAGCGGCUGCGGAUGGACCCCAACGGCACCCUGCACAUUGCCCAGACUUGGUCUGGAGACAUCGGCACCUACACUUGCAGAGUAACCUCCGUAGGAGGCAAUGACUCCCGCAGCACUCACCUCAGAGUCAGGCAGCUCCCCCACGCUCCAGAGAAUCCAAUUGCUACAUACAGCUCCUCAGAGAAGCGCUCCAUCAACCUCACAUGGGCGCAGGCCUUCGAUGGCAACAGCCCCCUCAUCCGCUACAUCCUGGAGGUGUCGGAGAACAAUGCUCCGUGGACUGUGCUCUUGGCCAACAUAGAGCCAGAGGCGACUAGUGUGAUGGUGGGAGGCCUCAUUCCUGCACGAUCCUACCAGUUCCGACUGUGUGCUGUCAAUGACGUGGGCAAGGGCCAGUUCAGCAGGGAGACAGCAAGGCUGACAUUACCUGAGGAACCACCCAGUGCCCCUCCUCAAACAGUCAUCGCCAGCGGCCGCACUAAUCAGUCCAUCAUGAUCCAAUGGCAGCCUCCUCCAGAGAGCCACCAGAAUGGCCUGCUGCAGGGCUACAUUAUCAGGUACUGUCUGUCAGGUCUGCCAGUGGACUGUCAAAUUAAGAAUAUCACCAACCCUGACCAGACCAACCUCCUACUUGAGGACUUGAUCAUUUGGACCAACUAUGAGAUUGAGGUGGCGGCCUACAAUGGUGCGGGUCAGGGUGUCUUUAGCCAAAAGGUCACAGAGUGGACCUUACAAGGAGUCCCCACAGUACCACCAGGGAACGUGCAAGCAGAGGCCGUCAACUCCACUACAGUUCGCUUCACGUGGAGCGGUCCAAGCCCUCAGUUCAUCAACGGCAUCAACCAAGGCUACAAGCUGCUGGCCUGGGAACCAGGCCAUGAGGAGGACGUGGCCAUGGUGACGGUGAGGCCGAACUUUCAGGACAGCGUGCACGUUGGCUACGUCACUGGGCUGAAGAAAUUCACAGAGUACUUCACUUCGGUGCUGUGUUUCACAACGCCUGGAGACGGCCCACGGAGUCCUCCGCACCGAAUCCGCACCCAUGAAGACACCCCAGGGCCUGUGGGUCACCUGAGCUUCACCGAGAUCCUGGACACGUCCCUCAAAGUGAGCUGGAAAGAGCCACAUGAGAAGAACGGCAUUCUCACAGGGUAUCGCAUCUCCUGGGAAGAGUUCAACCGCACCAACACACGAGUCACACACUACCUGCCCAACCUGACACAGGAGUACCGGGUCACCGGCCUGACCGCCCUCACCACCUACACCAUCCAGGUAGCUGCUAUGACCUCCAAGGGCCAGGGCCAGCUCUCCUCCUCCACCAUAUCCUCUGGCGUGCCACCAGAAAUGCCUGGGCCACCGACCAAUAUCGCCAUCUCCAAUAUUGGCCCACGUUCCGUGGCCCUGCAAUUUAAACCUGGUUACGAUGGCAAGACCUCCAUCUCCCGCUGGAUAGUGGAGGCCCAGAUCGGAGUAAUAGGGGAAAAUGAAGAGUGGGUCAUGGUCCAUCAACUGACUAACGAGCCUGAUGCACGUUCUCUCAUAGUAGAGGGUCUCAACCCAUACACCUUCUACAGGUUCCGAAUGCGUCAAGUAAAUAUAGUGGGCACAAGUCCUCCAAGCCAACCCUCUAGGAAAAUCCAGACCUUGCAGGCACCACCAGAUAUUGCGCCUGCCAACGUCACUCUCCGCACAGCCAGUGAAACCAGCCUCUGGCUGCGAUGGGUGCCCCUGCCAGAGUGGGAGUACAACGGUAAUCCAGAGCUGGUGGGCUACAGGGUGCAGUACUCUCGGGCUGGUUUGAAAGGUGGAGUCCUGUCCCACAUCAUCUCUGACAGGCUAGAGAGAGAGUUUACCAUCGAGGACCUGGAGGAGUGGACUGAGUACGAAGUACGCGUGCAGGCCAUCAAUGGCAUUGGGGCGGGACCAUGGAGUCAACCCGUUCACGCCAGAACUAGAGAGUCAGUGCCUUCUAGUGGACCAGCCAAUGUCUCUGCCUUUGCCACGACCUCCAGCAGUAUCCUGGUCCGGUGGGGUGAGGUGCCAGAAGCUGACCGUAAUGGACUCAUACUGGGCUACAAGGUAGCAUACAGAGAGAAAGACUCUGAUUCGGCACUCCGCUUCUGGAUGGUGGAGGGGAACACCAGCCACAGUGUCCAACUGACCGGUCUAGACAAGUAUGUCCUGUACGAGAUCCAGGUUCUCAGCUUCACACGCAUAGGAGACGGCACACCCAGCUCACCUCCACUCCUGGAGCGCACACUGGAUGAUGUUCCUGGGCCUCCAGUAGGAAUCCUUUUUCCUGAGGUCAGAACCACUUCGGUGCGACUCAUCUGGCAGCCCCCUGCUCAGCCCAACGGCAUUAUCCUUGCUUAUCAGAUCACUUACCGGCGAAACUCCUCCAACACCAAUUCGGCCAUAGUGGACGUGCUCAGCCCCAGUGCACGGCAGUAUACAGCUAGCGGACUGAAACCGGAGAGUUUUUAUGUGUUCCGCCUAACAGCCCAGACCAGAAACGGCUGGGGAGAAGCUGCUGAGGCCCUGGUGGUCACCACGGAGAAGAGAGCUCACCCCCAGCCCCCGAGUCGCCCCGUAGUGCCUCAGGAGGACGUGCAGGCUCGUAGCGUGCUGCUGUCAUGGGAACCAGGCAGUGAUGGUCUGUCUCCAGUGCGCUACUACACCGUGCAGUACAAAGAGCUUCCCAGCGUCAACUGGAUCGUCUAUUCAGCAUCAGUCAACCAUGAGGCCAACUCCUAUAUAGUGGAUAAACUCAAACCUUUCACUUCAUACCAGUUCCGUGUUAAGGCUACUAAUGACAUAGGAGACAGUGAGUACAGUGAGGAAAGCGAGGCUAUCACCACUCUGCAGGAUGCCCCAGACAAAGCUCCCACAAUCAUCUCCGUCACACCACACACUACCACCUCGGUGCUGCUCCGCUGGAAGACCCCCUCUGAGGAGCAGAUCAACGGCAUCCUGCUGGGGUUUCGGAUUCGCUACAGAGAGCUCCACUAUGAUCGCUUGCGCACUUUCACUGUCCGCACCGUCAACAACCCAAUGGCUAGCUGGGCUGAGCUCACGGAUCUGAGUAAACACAAGCGCUAUGAGAUCAGACUGAGUGUGUACAAUGCCGUCGGGGAGGGGCCCAUCAGCACACCACAGGAAGUGUUUGUAGGAGAGGCAGUUCCCACUGCUCCACCUCAGAACGUCGCUGUUCAAUCUUCCACUGCAACCCAGCUCGAUGUCACUUGGGAUCCUCCACCGCUGGAAGCUCAGAAUGGAGACAUCCAAGGCUACAAGAUCUAUUACUGGGAGUUCCAGCUACAGAACGAGACGGAGAGACUGCGGACACUCUUCUUGCCUGAGCUGGGGGUGAAGCUGAAGAACCUGACAGGCUACACCACUUACAUGAUUAGUGUGGCCGCCUUCAAUGCAGCCGGGGAUGGCCCACGCUCUCCGCCCACCAGAGGGCGCACUCAGCAAGCAGCCCCUAGUGCCCCUAGCUUUAUCCACUUCAGUGAGCUUACCACUUCUUCUGUCAACAUGUCCUGGGGUGAGCCCAAACAUCCCAAUGGCAUAAUUGAGGGCUACCGCCUGAUCUAUGAGCCCUGCACACCCAUCGAUGGUGUCAGUAAAGUUGUUACAGUGGAUGUAAAAGGCAGCGCGCCCCUAUGGAUGAAAAUUAAAGACCUGGCUGACGGGGUGACCUACAACUUCCGCAUCCGUGCCAAAACCCUGACCUACGGGCCGGAGGUGGAGGCCAACAUCACCACAGGGCCAGGAGAAGGUGCUCCUGGGCCUCCAGGUGAACCAUUCAUUUCACGGUAUGGCACGGCACUCACACUCCAUUGGACAAGCGGUGACCCUGGCAGAGCGCCCAUCACACGAUACGUCAUAGAAGCCAGGCCAUCUGAUGAAGGCUUGUGGGAUAUCCUUAUCAAAGACAUCCCCAAAGAGGUGACAUCAUACACCCUGAAUCUGGACAUGCUGCGUGAAGGGGUCACCUAUGAUUUCCGGGUCAUUGCGGUCAAUGACUACGGAUAUGGCUCUCCCAGUGCUCCGUCCCCUUCCAUUGCUGCUCAGAAAGCUUCCCCCUUUUAUGAGGAGUGGUGGUUUCUGGUGGUGAUAGCACUCGUAGGCCUGAUCUUCAUCCUCCUGCUUGUGUUUAUCCUCAUCAUCCGUGGGCAGAGUAAAAAGUACACCAAGAAGACUGAUUCAGGUGGCCACUCAAACUGCACAUCUCUGCCCCUCUCCCAUGGAGACAUGAUGAGGAUGGAUGAGGGCCGAUUCCCAGCUAUGGAGCUCAAUAACAGGCGCCUCUCGGUCAAAAAUUCCUUCUGCCGCAAGAAUGGCAUCUACACCCGGUCUCCUCCGCGGCCCAGUCCAGGUGGCCUGCACUACUCCGAUGAGGACGUCAGCGCUAAAUGCAAUGACCUGAUGCCAGCUGAGAACAGCAGUCUCACUGAGAAACCAUCUGAGGUAUCCGACUCACAGGGCAGUGACAGCGAAUACGAGGUGGAUCCAGCCCAUCAGAAAACACACUCAUUCGUCAAUCACUACAUCAGUGAUCCGACCUACUACAACUCGUGGCGUCGGCAGCAGAAGGGCGUCUCACGGCCCCCUGCGUACAGCUAUGGGCAGGCAGAAGGUGCGACCGAACAAGAGCCACGCCCCCACGCUCCCCCUCUGCCACCGCUGCCUCCUUUGCUGCCCCACCACACACCAUCUCCACAGGCCACGGGCCAGGGCACGCUGUUCAGGCCUAAGGGUAGCCGGACUCCCACUCCAUCUCUGCUGUCCUCUGAGAUCCACAGCCAGCACGGCCUCUACAGGCCCCCCAGCAGCCUGGGCACCUCCACCCAGACCCCAACUACAGGCUUCUCGUCCUUUGUUUGAUAUGAGACUCUGGUUCCGUUCACAACACAUCUGAUUGGGACUCCCAUGUGAGCAGCAAUUUGCUCCUUCAACAUCACUGUCGUUGUGGUUUGUUAAUGAUUUUAUCUAUUAAGGAGCGCUGAACAUCUUAGGUUGCAUUUUUUGUUUUUUAUGUAUGUGUGGUGUGUGUCUGUAAUAGCAUUGAAAAACAGACAAUCAUUGAGCACAUUUGUCUUUGUGGUUUGAGCAGAGCAAGUCACUUAGCCAGUCACAUCUAAACAAUGCGUAACCUGAGAAAUUCCUAAACCUUAUUUCUAAACUCUGAUAAAAGUGUCAAAAGAUAUUUUUAAAUGAGAUUUCUGUGAAUAAAAGAAUGUAAUACGUAUUUAAGCAGGAGUUCAAAACUUCAACAUGGGUUUUGCAUGUAAUUUUACAAAUGACCCAAAGUGAUCAUCUUGAGUGUACAUACAUUCUGGGUGUAUAUAAACAUUUGCUCAUUCAGUCACGUCUAAAUGACAGCACUUUGCUUGACGAAUAAUAUAAUAAAUGAGUUGUCUUAACGAGAGGAUACGAUCUUCCUGGAUUUGACCUGUCUCCGUUUUUAGUGAAGGUUUACAUACGUCUCGGCCGCAGUUCUAUUUUGAGUUAUAAAUCAGCACACAAGCUAUUGCUAAGCUAGAAGUUGUGGGUUCUAUGAAAGUGUUUUCGCUAGUCCGCUUUGUUGUGUCACUGUAUUCUGUCAUACGCAUGUAUUAUGUUCAUAGUCAUGGUUUUAAAGGUGCUUUC